UCUGGGAGAGAGGCCCGAGGAACUGCUGGUUGCUGUGGCUUUUUCCUGUUUCUACCAAUACAACCAGGCAAAGGGGGCUUGGAUAUUACAUUCCCAGUGCUGGAGAUGCCCUGGCCAGUUCUUCCCUGGCCCACCCACUUUCCUCAUGCUUGAGUGGACCUCUCGGGUCAACAGCUGUGUGAAGAGUGAUGAGCAUGUCCUGGAGGAGUUAGAAACUGAAGGGGAGAGGCAGCUGAAAAGCCUCCUUCAACAUCAGCUUGAUACUUCUGUUUCCAUUGAGGAAUGUGUUUCUAAAAAAGAGAGCUUUGCCCCUGGUACUAUGUACAAGCCCUUUGGGAAGGAAGCUGCUGGGACUAUGACUUUGUCUCAGUUCCAGACACUACAUGAAAAAGACCAGGAAACUGCUUCUCUCAGGGAACUAGGACUUAAUGAAACAGAAAUCUUGAUAUGGAAAAGCCAUGUUUCAGGUGAAAAGAGGACAAGGUUGAGGGCAACUCCUGAAGCAAUACAAAAUCAUCUUCAGGAUAUUGAAAAAAGGAUCUCAGAGCGUCAGCGCAUCCUUUGCCUGCCACAGAGAUUUUCAAAGAGUAAGCAGCUGACCCGGCGAGAAAUGGAAAUUGAAAAGUCUUUAUUUCAGGGAUCGGAUCGUCACUCCUUCCUUAAGGCUCUUUAUUAUCAAGCAUACCACAAAAAGACAAGUACAGACAAGUACAUGACCUCAAUGAAGAGGAAGAUAAAAUUAGGCACAAAAGAUGAACCCCCAAAGAAGAACAAAGGUGAUCCUGUGAACAACCUGGAAAGUUUUUACCACGAGAUGAUAAUGAAAAAACGUCUUGAAGAGUUCCAACUUAUGAGAGGUGAACCCUUUGCUUCCCACUCACUGGUCUCAGCUACAUCAGUGGGUGAUAGUGGCACAGCUGAGAAUCCAUCAUUACUCCAAGACAAGGGAAAACAGGCAGCACAGGGUCAAAAUCCCAGUCUCCAUGUGGCAAAAAUUAUUGAAUUUUCACCUGAGCAGUGUUGUACUGGGCCUAAGAAGCUGACGCAGCCUAUAGAAUUUGUCCCAGAAGAUGAGAUCCAGAGAAAUCGUUUGUCAGAGGAAGAGAUCCGAAAAAUUCCUAUGUUUUCUUCAUAUAAUCCAGGGGAACCAAACAAGGUGUUAUACCUAAAGAAUCUUAGUCCUCGGGUGACUGAAAAUGAUCUCAUCUCAUUAUUCGCUCGAUUCCAAGAAAGAAAAGGACCUCCUAUUCAAUUUCAAAUGAUGACUGGACGAAUGAGGGGACAAGCAUUCAUCACCUUUCCCAGUAAAGAGAUAGCAUGGCAAGCAUUGCAUCUUAUAAAUGGCUAUAAACUGCAUGGAAAAAUACUGGUGAUCGAAUUUGGAAAGAACAAAAAGAAGCAGUCACAUCUCCAGUCUUCUUCUCCCAUAUCUUCUCCAGAUAAUAGCACAGCAAGCAGUGGGAGCUGAAUGCAUAUAUUCAUUCUUGUAGAAGGAUAUAGGAUUUGUAUAUAGAUGGAAAUUUGAUUGGUGUUGAACAGGAUAACUUAGAAUUGAAAAAUUAGGACAAUUUGUUUUAGCUUUUGAAGAGAAUUGGUGCAGUUCUACAAUCAGAGACUAUAUAGACAGAAAAAAAAAAAACUAUAGGACAGAUAAUAUCCUGAGUGUUAAAGACAAUAUUCAAAGAUUACAUAGGAAAGAAUACCAUGAUUAUUAAGGUAAUUUUAAAAAAAAACACAACUUUCUCAGGAUAAAUUACAUAGGAUUAUUUCUGAAGAUUUUAUAAAAUCUUUCAUAUUUUCUGGAGUCUUUAGUAUGUACCCCUACAGAUAACAUUCUGUCCAGAAAUGCCUCUUCUGUGCAAAAUUUUAAACCAAAUUAAAUAUUAAACCAUUUAUUUAUUAGAACUCAUUUACUUCUAAUUUUAUCUACUUAGCAAAUAAAAGGUCUCCCUCUCUCCCAGCUCCAGACCUAAGUGUCAACUACUAUUUUGUCAGAACUGUCAGCAGUAACAGUAAGUAGUUCCAUAGGUUAUUCAAUAAAUUUAAUGAUGGCUCCCCCACUGUUACCAAUCUUCAGAAAGAUCUAUACUUUUUUUAAUAACAUCUUUUAGACAAAAACAUCAGUGGUCUCAUGGCCAUUUGGGCUAGAUGCUGUUGAGUAAUCAUUGAAUUUAAAGCAAUAAGCAUUAAAUACAUUGAAUAAUUUUGUAAUAUAUGUUAAAUAUUAGGUUAAUUAAAUUCCUCAUAUAAAAAACCCUAUUUUUCAAAAGUGAAGAUAAAGCAUUCACACAUUUAAAAAAAAAAAAACUGGAGAAAUUCUGGCCAAUAGACCUCACAAGAAAUAAA